CUAUUGCUUAACACAUUGUAAGCCGCCCUGAGUCUCCGGAGAAGGGCGGCAUAUAAAUCAAAUAAAAAAAAAAUAAUAAAAAAAUAUAACUGAAGGUGGGGAAUAUAUCCAGCACAGCUUCCUCCUCCUACUUUCCCCUCAACAACAACCCUGUGAGGUAGGUUGGGCUGAGAGAGAGACAGAGAGAGAAAGAGGGACAAGCCCAACGUCACCUGGCUUGCUUUCAUGGGUAAGGUAGGACUAGAAUUCACUGUUCCCGGAUGAUCGACCCAAAGUCACCCAACUGAUCUUCAUGGCUAAAACCGGACUAGAACUCACUGUUUCUUGGUGAUCGGCCCAAAGUCACCCAACUGCCUUUCACAGAUAAGGCCACACUAGAACUCACAGUCUCCCAUGUUUUAUCCUAGUCUAGUGAGUGUCAAACUCAAGGCCGGUGGGCCAGAUCCGGUGCGUGGGAUGUUUAAAUGUGGCUGGUGGGUCAGAGCCUGGAAACCACAGAAGCACGGGGCUUCUGGCAGCCAAAAUGGGGAACCACCCCCCGUGCAACCCUUUCUUGGCCUGGAUGGCCUCCUGCAAUGUUUUACAGACCAAAAUGGGGUGCGAGGGAGCGCCCCCCUCCCCCCCCCUGCUAGCCCGUGGAGGAGAACUACAAUGCUGAUCCGGCCCUCGAAGAAAUCCAGUUUGACACCAAGUUUGCACUAGACCAGACUGGUUUCUCAUGUAUUCUCAUGGUCUCCUUUCCUUCAGACUGAACAUCUUCAUCUCCCCAUGUUUUCAGUCUUCAGGAACUAUGCCAUUCCAUGGCCUGUUGCAGAGGUGGUACUCAGCAGGUUCUGACUAGUUUUGGAGAACCGGUAGCGGAAAUUUUGAGUAGUUCGGAGAACCGGUAAAUACCUCCUCUGACUGGCCCCAGGAGUCGGGAGGGAAUGAGGAUUUUGCAGUAUCCUUCCCCCAGGAGUGGGGAGGGAAUGGAGAUUUUGCAAUAUCCUUCCCCUGGAGUGGGGAAGGAAUGGGGAUUUUGCAGUAUCCUUCCCCCAGGAGUGAGGAGGGAAUGGGAAUUUUGCAGUAUCCUUCCACCAGGAGUGGGGAGGAAAUGGGGAUUUUGCAGUAACCUUCCCCUGCCACGCCCACCAAGCUACACCCACAGAACCGGUAGUAAAACAUUUUGAAUCCCACCACUGGCCUGUUGGCCGGAACUCAGUUAUCAUAUAUGAAUCAGAAGAGAGAACAGUGCAAGUAAUUUUUCUUAAAAUGCAAUGGCUAUUGAUUAUUGAAAAGGGAAGAUGUAAAUCUGGAAAAACAGAUCAUUCCGACCGGCACUGAUGCUUUUGACUUUGUGUACGCAUGCACCUUUAACUUUCAAAGACUUUCUUUACUACGUGUAAUCCUUGACUUACAACCGCUCAUUUCGUGACUGUUUGAAUUUACAACAGCACUGAAAAAAGUGAUUUAGGACCGUUGCAGCAUCCCCCUGCGGUCACAUGAUCAAAAUUUGAUUUUAAUCUUGGCCAGUGGCAGGGCUGAAAUGCUCCCGGUUCGGACCGGAUCGCCCAAUCCGGUAGCGAUGGAGGCGGGUGGUUCGGAGAACCGGUAGCAAAAAUCCCUGCCCCCCCCCGCCAUGCCCAGUUGAGCCGCACAAUCAUCAGAGGCUUUUUAAAAAAGCCUCUGCCGAUCAGGCAACUCAGCUGAGAUUGUCAGAGCCUUUUGAAAGCAUUUUUUUACAACCUCUUCGCUGAAGAGUUUGUAGAAAAAAUGGUUUUAAAAGUUAAAAAAAAAUUGGCCACGCCCACCCAGUCACAUUACCCCCCACACACCAAGCCACGCCCACAGAACCGGUACUAACAAAUUUUAGAUUUUAUCACUGGCAUGUGAUCAUCUUUUACGACCCUCUGACAAGCCAAGUCCAUGGGGAAGACAGAUUCAAUUUAGCAACCUUGUUACUAUGCUGUUUCCUGAAAAUAAGACCUCCCCUGAUAAUAAGCCCAAUCGGGCUUUUGAGCGCAUGUGCUAAAAAUAAGCGCCCCCGAAAAUAUUUAAACUCAUGGGCAGCCGGUCCCCGCCAUUUCCUCUGGUUAGGGUUAGGGAGACAGAACUGGAAAUCAGGUAAGACAGCAAGAGGAGCCCCGUCUUGCUCCACGUGCCCCAAAAUAAUAAGACCUCCCCAAAAAUAAGGCCAUUAUUUCGGGGUUCAAAGAAAUAUAAAAAAAAUACAGGGAAAUACGGUAACUUAACAACCGCAAUGAUUCACAGUGGCAAGGCAGGUUGUACCAUGGGGCAAAAUUCAACUUACCCACUGUCUUGCUUAGCAAUGGAACUUUUGGGCUCAAUUUCAGUCGUAAGUCGAGGACUACUUGUAUCGUAAGUUUCCUAAAUCAAAUAUAAUUUAGGACAGUGAUAGCUAACCUUUUUGCCAUUGCGUGCCAGGAAGGGGAUGGAGGUUUGCGUGCGUGCAUGCCCACACCCAUAAUUCUAUGCGACCCGCCCCGUGCAUGUGCGUAUGACCCCCCCUCCCCCACACUCCUAGAGAGGCUCUGGAGCUGGGGACAGCAAAAAGCAUCACUUCCUAUCCAACCGACAAUUGGGAAAUGAGCCGUUUUGGGCCUCCGAGGGGGUAGGGAAGGCUGUUUUCGCCCUCCCCAGAUGCAUAGAGAGGAUCUGGAGCCAGAUGAGAAAGAAAAACGGGCCUUCUCCACCCACCCAGGCCCUCCGGAGGCAGGAAACAGCCUGUUUCCCUACUUCUGGUGGGCCCAGAAAGCCCGAAAAUCAGCUGGCACCAGAGCUGAGCUGGCGUGCCAGGCGACAUGGCUCCACAUGCCUCCUGUGGCACGUGUGCCAUAGGUUCACCAUCACGGGUUCAGGAGAAGUCAGAGCACAUUAGACUCAUUCUCAUAAAAUAAUCCAUAAAGCCGUGCCCCCAUUCCUUCCCAGCUAAUUAGAAGAUAAGAGCAGCUUAAUGUACCCAAACAAAAUGAACCACGGCGGAAGCCUUGUUCCAGCCUUCUGUUUAGGUGGGUUUUUCAUCAGCUUUUUUUCCUUAGGACUUAAUACCAAAUCUGUUAUCUCUGUCCUGAUCUAGAACUGGAAUUGGUGAGUGUGAGAUUCCUGCAGGCUACUGUUUUCAGCCACGAGCGCGGGAGUCUCUCCGAUCAUUAUUUUGGGCCAGCUUUUUCUGGUUUCGUAGGCGAUAAAAAGCCUGCAUGUCUGACCCCGCUGCGUUACAGACCCCAAUCUGCCCACUCCUCUUCCCUGGGACCUGUGAUUUCAGGGGGAAUCGAGAUGAAGAGGGGAGGGCCCGAGAUGGUGGAGCUGCCAAGGAUCCAACGGGGAGAAGAUCGGGAGUGUCUGAAUGGCCGCUUCACCAUUAGCACCCUGUUCAGCCCGGAGGGUAGCGGCACCAACUCCUACAGUCAAACGGGAGCUGCUCCCUAUGACAUCACCCAAACCAGCCACUGUACCCAUAACAGCACCUUCUACAUGCAGACCUUUGGAUAUAACACCGUUGAUGUUGUGCCCAGCUAUGAAAACUAUGCCAACACCAAGCUCUGUGGUGAAAUCCAGAAACCGAGACCAACGCUUGCGGAUCUGCACUCUUUUCUUAAGCAAGAAAAUAGCCACCGGCAUCCUCCGAGAUACGAAGCCCACAGAAGCAACAGCUUCUCCGAAGAAGUGGUGGGAGAAGAGGCUGGUAAGGAGAAAGAGAAGAAUCAAGGAGAGCCCGUCCGAUUCGGGUGGGCCAAGGGGGUAAUGAUUCGUUGCAUGCUUAACAUCUGGGGUGUGAUCCUGUACCUCCGGCUUCCUUGGAUCACUGCACAAGCAGGCAUAGCGCUGACUUGGGUGAUCAUUCUAAUGUCUGUGACUGUGACCACCAUCACUGGAUUAUCCAUUUCUGCCAUCUCCACCAACGGCAAAGUCAAAUCAGGUGGGACAUACUUCCUCAUUUCAAGAAGCCUUGGGCCAGAGUUGGGAGGCUCCAUUGGCCUUAUCUUCGCUUUUGCCAAUGCUGUGGCCGUGGCCAUGCAUACCGUGGGCUUUGCAGAAACAGUGCGAGACCUCUUGCAGGAAUAUAACUCAAGCAUGGUGGACCCUACCAACGACAUCCGCAUCAUUGGGGUUGUCACCGUGACAGUGUUGCUUGGAGUAUCCUUGGCUGGGAUGGAGUGGGAAGCCAAGGCUCAAGUUCUCUUUUUCGUGGUGAUCAUGAUUUCCUUCAUUAACUACCUGGUGGGGACGGUUAUGCCAGCCACUGAGGAGAAGCAGGCGAAAGGAUUUUUCAGCUACCGAGCCAACAUUUUUGCUCAGAACUUUGUUCCCAGCUGGCGGGGACCUGAUGGCAGCUUCUUCGGUUUGUUUUCCAUCUUCUUCCCAUCAGCCACUGGCAUCUUGGCAGGAGCCAACAUUUCAGGUGAUUUGAAGGAUCCUGCUGUGGCAAUUCCUAAAGGAACCCUCAUGGCUAUUUUUUGGACAACCGUGUCAUAUCUGGUUCUUUCGGCUACAAUUGGUUCUUGCGUUGUCCGUGAUGCCUCCGGGAGCAUUAAUGAUACUGUCCUCGCUGGUUCCAUGGGUUGUGAAGGCAUUGCUUGUGGCUACGGCUGGAACUUCACAGAGUGUGCUCAGAGCCACAGCUGUCGAUAUGGGCUCAUCAAUUAUUAUCAGACCAUGAGCAUGGUUUCUGGCUUUGCCCCUCUCAUCACAGCUGGGAUUUUUGGGGCCACCCUCUCUUCUGCUUUGGCGUGCCUCGUCUCAGCUCCCAAAGUCUUCCAGUGUCUUUGUAAGGAUGAACUCUACCCGGCCAUUGGCUUUUUUGGAAAGGGCUACGGAAAAAAUAACGAACCCAUCAGGGGUUACCUGCUGACGUACCUCAUUGCGGUUGGCUUCAUUCUGAUUGCGGAACUGAAUGCCAUCGCUCCCAUCAUCUCCAAUUUCUUUCUCUGCUCUUACGCGCUCAUCAAUUUCAGCUGUUUCCAUGCCUCCAUCACCAACUCGCCAGGUUGGAGACCCUCCUUUAGAUAUUAUAGCAAGUGGGCAGCUCUGUUUGGGGCCAUCGUUUCUGUCGUUAUCAUGUUCCUGCUAACCUGGUGGGCUGCCCUCAUCGCUAUUGGGAUUGUGGUGUUCUUGCUCGGAUACGUUCUUUACAAGAAGCCUGGAGUUAACUGGGGCUCAUCUGUUCAAGCUGGUUCCUAUAACAUGGCCCUGAAUUAUUCUCUGAGUCUCAAUGAGGUGGAUGACCAUAUUAAAAAUUACAGGCCUCAAUGCCUCAUCCUGACUGGUCCUCCUAACUUCCGCCCAGCACUGGUCGAUUUUGUGGGAACUUUUACAAAAAAUUUGAGUCUGAUGAUCUGUGGGAAUGUGUUGAUCGGGCCCUCCAGACAGGCGAAUGCUGAAGUGGGACUUGCUUCCAAAGGCCACGUCAAAUGGCUGACCAAGCGAAAGGUCAAAGCUUUCUACACAGGCAUCUCAGCAGAGGACUUGAGAACUGGAGCACAAGUCCUUAUGCAGGCCUCAGGUCUUGGGAGAAUGAAGCCCAACGUUCUGGUACUUGGAUAUAAGAAGAACUGGCAGGCAGCACAUCCCCAGACAGUGGAAGAAUAUAUUGGGAUGCUGCAUGAUGCUUUUGACUUCAAAUAUGGAGUAUGCGUGAUGCGCGUGAAGGAGGGACUCAACAUUUCUCGGAUCAUGCAGGCUCACAUUAAUCCAGCUUUUGAUCCAGCAGAAGUUCCCCAGAAAAGCAGUGAAGCACCUGCCAUAACAGGCACAUUGGAUCCUGAUGCUUCAGUAGCAGAACAACAGGCGAGCACCAUUUUCCAGAUGGAUCAAGGCAAGAAAACUAUUGAUAUCUACUGGCUGUUUGAUGAUGGAGGUCUAACUCUUCUCGUCCCUUAUCUCCUCGGCCGCAAAAAGAGAUGGGGGAAAUGUAAGAUCCGGGUGUUUGUCGGUGGGCAGAUCAACCGAAUGGACGAAGAGCGGAAGGCGAUUGUCUCUUUAUUAAGCAAAUUUCGGCUUGGAUUUCAUGAGGUUCACGUCCUUCCAGACAUUAACCAGAAACCCCGACCUGAACAUGUGAAGAGAUUUGAUGAUUUGAUCGCGCCGUUCAGACUGAACGAUGGCUUCAAAGACGAUGCGGUGGUGAACGAGAUGCGUCACGGCUGCCCGUGGAAAAUUUCCGAUGAAGAGGUUGCAAAGAACAAAGCUAAGUCACUUCGACAAGUGAGAAUGAAUGAAAUUUUGCUGGACUAUUCUCGCGAUGCUGCCCUUAUUUUCAUAACUAUGCCAGUUGGCCGUAAGGGAUGUCCCAGUAGCCUGUACAUGGCUUGGCUGGAGACCCUCUCGCAAGAUCUGAGGUCUCCCAUGAUUCUGAUCAGAGGCAACCAGGAAAACGUCUUGACUUUUUACUGUCAGUAGGACCUUCUUGGGCCAGGGAGCAUUGCAACCUGGAGAAGAAAUUUCCAGCCUGAUCCUGCUUUGCUGGUGAGCUAUCAAGAGGCUGCAUUGCAGGGAUGAAGGCCAAGAAUAAAAGACCAAUGGUGGAAAACA